AUGACCGACCAGGAGAACAACAACAGUAUCUCCAGCAACCCCUUCGCCGCCCUCUUCGGCUCCAUCGCCGAUGCCAAGCACUUCGCUGCCGUCCAAAAGCAGCAACAGCAGCAACUGCGGCAGCUCAGAGGCGAUGAGACGUCAGUCAGUCCGGAUGACUCUGAUAACAGCGUCUCGGAGAGCCUGGACGACUGUGACUACUCGGUGGCAGAGAUCAGCCGCUCAUUCCGCUCGCAGCGGGAGCUCUGCGAGCAGCUCAACAUCAACCACAUGAUCCAGAGGAUCUUCCUCAUCACCCUCGACAACAGCGACCCCAGCAUGAAGAGUGGGAACGGGAUCCCUGCACGUUGCGUCUACCUGGAGGAGAUGGCAGCAGACUUGGACGACCAGGACUGGCUGGACAUGGACAAUGUGGAGCAGGCCCUGUUCACUCGGCUCCUGCUGCAGGAGCCUGGAAGCCACCUGAUCCACAUGACCUCGGCCAGCACUCAGAACCUCUCUGCUGAGCGGGACGCUGGGGAGAGGCAGAUUCUGCGCUACCUCUAUGCCUGCUUUCAGCGGGCAAGAGAAGAGAUAACCAAGGUGCCAGAGAACCUGCUGCCCUUCGCCGUGCGCUGCCGGAACCUGACAGUGUCCAACACCCGCACCGUGCUGCUUACCCCUGAGAUCUACGUCAGCCAGAACGUGCAUGAGCAGCUGCUGGACCUGCUGCUGGAGGCACUGCGGGGGGCACGUGAGGCUGCAGAUAAGCCACACUUUGAGGAUGUAACUGAGUUUCUUGAGGAGGUGAUCGAGGCCUUGACGAUGGACGAGGAGGUGCGGACGUUCGGGGAGGUCAUGGUUCCCGUCUUUGACAUCCUUUUGGGCAGGAUCAAAGACCUGGACCUCUGCCAGAUCCUGCUGUACACCUACCUGGAUGUGCUGCUCUACUUCACCAAGCAGAAGGACAUUGCCAAGGUGUUUGCAGGCUACAUCCAGCCCAAGGAUCCCAGCAAUGGACAGAUGUACCAGAAAACUUUGCUGGGCACCAUUUUAAACAUCUCCUGCUUGCUAAAGACCCCUGGGCUGGUGGAGAGCCAUGGUUACUUCCUGAACCCAUCCAGGUCCAGUCCACAGGAGAUCAAAGUGCAGGAAUCUAACAUCCACCAGUUCAUGGCCCAGUUCCAUGAGAAGAUCUAUCAGCUGCUGAAGAACCUGCUCCAGCUGUCUCCAGAGAUGAAGCACAGGAUCCUGUCCUGGCUGGGAAACUGCCUGCAUGCCAAUGCAGGCCGCACCAAGAUCUGGGCUAACCAGAUGCCGGAGAUCUUCUUCCAGAUGUAUGCCUCAGAUGCCUUCUUCCUCAACCUGGGAGCUGCCCUCCUCAAGUUGUGCCAGCCCUUCUGCAAACCCAACUCCCCGCGGCUGCUCACCUUCAACCCCACCUACUGUGCCCUCAAGGAGCUGAACGAGGAGGAGCGGAGGAGCAAGAAUGUGCACGUGAAAGGUUUGGAGAAGGAGACAUGCUUGAUCCCUGCCAUGGGCGGGCAGGAGCCGGAGUUUGCAAACAGCUACAACCUGGUGACAGAGAACCUGGUGCUCACGCAGUACACCGUGCACUUGGGGUUCCACAGGUUGCACGACCAGAUGGUCAAGAUAAACCAAAGCCUUCACCGCCUGCAAGUAGCAUGGCGAGAAGCUCAGCAGAGCUCCAGCCCUGCUGCUGAUGGCCUCAGGGAGCAGUUCGAGCGCCUGAUGACCAUUUACCUGUCCACCAAGACAGCAAUGACAGAGCCACAGAUGCUGCAGAACUGCCUGAACCUGCAGGUGUCCAUGGCAGUGCUGCUCGUGCAGCUGGCCUUGGGAAACCAUGGGACAGAGCCACUCCCACUCAGCUUCCCGCUGCCAGAGGUGCCCCACAGCACCUUGGUCUACGUGCCAGAAUUCUUUGCUGAUAACUUGGGUGACUUCUUCAUUUUCCUGCGGCGUUUUGCUGAUGACAUCUUGGAGACUUCAGCCGAUUCCCUGGAGCACAUCCUCCACUUUGUUACUGUGUUCAUGGGUGAUGUGGACAGGAUGAAGAACCCUCACCUGCGAGCCAAGCUGGCAGAGGUCCUGGAAGCUGUGAUGCCUCACCUAGAUCAGGUGCAGGCCCCACUGGUCUCAAGCGUGUUUCACCGCCAGCGUGUGUUCUGCUGCUACCCACAUGCCGCACAGCUGGCCCAGGCGCUGAUCAGAGUCUUUGUGGACAUCGAGUUCACUGGUGACCCACACCAGUUUGAGCAGAAGUUCAACUACCGCCGGCCCAUGUACCCCAUCCUGCGGUACAUGUGGGGUACUGAUGCCUACCGCCAGAGCAUCAAGGCACUGGCUGAUUAUGCCUCCGAGAAUCUGGAGGCCAUGAACCCCCCACUCUUCCUCCGCUUCCUCAACUUGCUGAUGAACGAUGCCAUUUUCCUGCUGGAUGAAGCCAUACAGUACCUCAGCAAGAUUAAAGUGCAGCAGAUUGAGAAGGACCGUGGUGAUUGGGACGGGCUAUCCCCGGAGGCUCGCCGUGAGAAGGAGUCCAGCCUGCAGAUGUUUGGGCAGCUGGCUCGCUUCCACAACAUCAUGUCCAACGAGACCAUCGGCACGCUGGCCUUCCUCACCUCAGAAAUCAAGUCCCUGUUCGUGCACCCUUUCCUGGCUGAGCGCAUCAUCUCCAUGCUUAACUACUUCCUGCAACACCUGGUGGGGCCUAAAAUGGGAGCUCUGAAAGUCAAGGACUUCAGCGAGUUUGACUUCAAGCCUCAGCAGCUCGUGUCUGACAUCUGCACUAUUUAUCUGAACCUUGGGGAUGAGGAGAACUUCUGUGCCACAGUGCCCAAGGACGGCCGCUCCUACUCACCGACACUCUUUGCCCAGACCGUCCGUGUUCUGAAGAAGAUCAACAAGCCUGGCAACAUGAUAGUGUCUUUCAGUCACCUGGCUGAGAGGAUCAAGUCUCUUGCAGACCGCCAGCAGCAGGAGGAGGAGACCUAUGCUGAUGCCUGCGAUGAAUUCCUGGAUCCCAUCAUGAGCACCCUGAUGUCUGACCCUGUGAUCCUGCCCUCCUCCCGCGUCACUGUGGACCGGUCAACAAUAGCCAGACACCUCCUCAGUGACCAGACAGAUCCUUUCAACCGGAGCCCCCUCACUAUGGACCAGAUCAGACCAAACACAGAGCUCAAAGAAAAAAUCCAGCAGUGGCUUGCAGAGAGGAAGAAGCAGAAGGAGGAGCAGGAGGAGACACUGGACUGAGAACCAGGAUCUCAUCCCUGACUCACAGUCACUAGCGAGAUAAAGCCCUCACAGGGGCAGUGGCCAGAGCUCCAGAGCGACUCACCACUCAAUGAAGACUGUGAUUAGAGCAUUGCCACCACCUCCGGGGUCUUUCCUAGGACUUUCCCUUCCCACCCUUGCUCUAUCUCUUCCUUUCAGGACUCUGUCUUUAAUACUAAGACUUUCCACUGCACUGUAGCUUUGAGCCUCUGCCUCAGUGGGAGGCCUCAGCCUCCUCUGCGUGGCAUGGCACCCUGGCCCUAUGUUAAUUGUUCUUUGUGUUGGCCACAUUCUUUUCCAGUGACACUAAAAAAUUCCUCUGUCCUGUUGCCAUGUUUGAACGCUGCAGUGUGAAAGCAACACCUCUGCCAGGGCUGUAUGCAGGCACGGAAACAGGGGCCACAGUGCUGCUGCAGGUCCAGGCAGGGUCUCUUUCCCAGAG